AUGGAAGACACGUACAGAGCUCUGUCGGAACGUCUUCGGGCCAAAUGGGCCGAAAAGAAGGCCCUCGGCCAAGCCCGUCUCGUGGUCGCCAUCGCCGGCCCCCCGGGGUCCGGCAAAUCCACCAUGGCGAGCAAAGUCGUCGAGCACGUGGCGCGAUCCGACAAUGCGCCGUCGAUAGUCGCCGUGUCCGCAGACGGCUUCCACCUCUCGCGAAGGGCGCUGCGGGCGCUGCCCAAUGCGCAGCACGCCCUUGCUCGGCGUGGCGCCCCGUGGACGUUUGACGGCGAGGCGGCGGCCGAACUGGCCUGCCGACUGCGCACCGAAGCCGGACGCAGUGCCGUGUCUGCUCCGACGUUUGACCACGCCCUCGGAGACCCUGUUCAGAACGGGGUAACGAUAGCGCCAGAGACGGAGAUUUGUAUUUUUGAGGGCAACUACCUGUUGAGCGACGAGGCGCCGUGGAGUGCUAUUGGGGACGUGGUGGAUGAUCGGUGGCUGGUCAGGGUCGAUGUCGAGGUUGCGAAACGGCGACUUGCCGCACGCCAUCUUGACGCUGGGAUUGAGGAGUCGAUGGAGGAUGCUGUUGCGAGGGCGGAGAGCAAUGACUUGGUCAAUGGGGAGUAUGUGAUGGCACACAGUUUUGGGCGGCACGAUGUCUUGAUUGACAGCGCUGAGGGGUAG